AUGACGCACCCGGCACCGCCAGCGCCACAGCCAGGGCCCAGCCAGCCCAAGCAGAGCAUGCUCAAGCGCAUGGGCGGGCCGAGCGACCUCAAGGCCGGCGUCGGUCGUGGAGGAGCGCGCACCGCCGACGAGAUCGCUCAAAUCACCUACGACGAGUCCAAGGAUUCCACAUUCUUCAAGGACCAGAAGCGCCGCGACGAUGCCGUGCAGGUCAAGGUCGAGCGGCUCCAGGGCCACCUCGAGCGCGAGCUCCUCACGGCGAGCGGCGACGAGGAGGCCAGGGUCGACGCCAUCAUUGCCGAGCUCGAGCAGAAGCGCGACCUGUCGCGCGUCAUUGCCCUCAUCGACGCCGACAUGUUCUACGGCGCGUGCCACGUCCGCAAGGACCCGUCGCUCAAGGGCAAGGCGUUCGGCGUCGGCGGCGGCAUGCUCACGACGGCGAGCUACGAGGCCCGCGCCUACGGGUGCAGGUCGGCAAUGCCGCUGUUUAUCGCCAAGAAGCUCUGCCCGCACAUCAUCUCGCUCACCCUCGAGCCCGACCUGUACGUCCAGGCGUCGCGCGAGAUCUUUGCCGUCCUCGCCAAGUACGGCACGAUCGCGCCUGCGAGCCUCGACGAAGCCUACGUCGACCUCACCAACUACUGCGCCAACGAGCGCGUCACGCCGACCGAGGCCAUCACGCGCCUGCGCGCCGAGGUCGAGACGACGACGGGCCUGACCGUGUCAGCCGGCGUCUCGCCCAACAAGGCGCUGUCGAAAAUCGCGGCCGACGUCAACAAGCCCGACGGGCAGUUCGUCAUCGACCCGACGCGCGAGGCGUGCAUGCAGUUCAUCGAGAAGCAGCGCCUGCGCAAGUGCUACGGCAUCGGUCGCGUCACCGAGACGCUCCUCAACGGGCUCGGGCUCGAGACGGUCGGCGACAUCUUCCGGGACCGCGCCAAGCUGUACCUCGUCAGGCACCACCUCGGCCAGUCGGCGACGUUCCGCUUCCUGUUGAGCCUGUGGCUCGGCCUCGGCUCGAACCGGGUCAAGCGCGCCAAGCGCGGCGACCGCAAGACGUACGGCGUCGAGAAGACGUUCCACGCGAGCUCCAACCCCGACAAGCUCGACGACAUCAUCCGCCACGUCGCCAAGUCGCUCCACAAGGACCUCAAGCGCUCGGGCUUCUCGGGCCGCACCGUCACGCUCCGCAUCAAGCACGCCAACUUCGAGUCGGUCACGCGCGCCAAGACGCAGGGCAAGAACAUCUACGUGCACGAGUACAAGGACCUCGUCGAGCUCGGAAUCGGGCUCCUCCACAAGGAGCGCGCCGACCGCGCCAAGGCGAUCAAGGAGGGCCGGCCGGUCAAGGGCGGCAACAACCCGGUCCUCAACGUCCGCCUGCUCGGCCUGCGGGUUGGCAACCUGCGCGACGAGAGGGCGCUCGCCAAGACCAAGAAGCUCGACGGUUACUUCACGCGCUCGCCCCGCCGCACGCCCGACAACGACCUCCAGAGCGACUCGGACGACGCAGACGUCAACCGCGAGGACGAGUUCGAGUCCGAGGACGACUACGACGACGACGACCCCGAGGCCGACCCGGGCAAGCGUGCGCUCAACGCCGUCAUCCGCGAGGCGGCGCUCGACCCAUUCGCCAACGAGGGCGAGGGCGAGGGCCAGGGCGGCGACAACAAGAAGGACAAGGGCGACGGCGCGGCGUUCGGCGGCGCGAGCGGCAGCAACAGCGGCAGCUGGAUGUGCCUCGACGAGUACGACGAGGACGCCGACGACGAGGCGGGCGAGGUGCGCGGUCGGUUCGGCGUGCACCGCAAGGCGACUGCGAGCACCUCGUCAACGCGCCGCCGCCCGUCGCCGUCGAGCUCGUCGACGGUCAAGCAGGGCGCGUCGUCGCCGUCGUCGAACAAGCGCCGCUCGCCGUCGGUCGAGGACUUUGUCGGGCUCGGCGGCGACGCGCACACGGGCAAGAACAAGAAGGUCAAGCGCGAGCAGGACGAGGACGUCAAGCACUCGAGCGGCAGCAACGAGAUGACCUGCCCCGUGUGCGACAAAGUCUAUACGGGCAGCGUGGCGGCCAUGACGGGCCAUGUCGCGCAGCACCUGGUCGCCGAGGACGAGGUCGAGGUCAGGACCAAGGCCAAGGCCAAGGUCAAGAAGGAGCGGUCGCCGGUCAACAUCUUCAGCGUCGCCGCCGGGAGCGGCAGCAGGAGGACCAAGGCGGCGGUCAAGGGCGAGAAGGGCCGCAAGGGGAAGAAGAAGUGAGGCGGGCUCGAGGAGGAGGAGGAGGUGCGGGCGAGGUCGCCUUUUUUCUGUGUCGUCUGUGUUGCUGUAGAACCGCUUGCCGCUUUGUCAUGCUUCUUCGAGUCUCU